AUGCGCCAUUGGCAACCGGCAUUUGGUCAAUACUGGGUCACGAUUGGCCGUUGGGCCCAGAUUUCUGACCAAUCAGAUCUCGUCUUGAUGCCGGACCGGCAAGUGUCCCGAAUUCUUGGCCAAUCUCGUGCGGAACAUCCGUCUCAGGGUCGCAGUUUACGAUCACCAGACACGCUUCUGAUCCAAGCGAUUAACAAAGUUUACGACCCCAGUCACCACUGGACGCAGAAUAAGCCCACAGGGAUCGGGGACAAGACAAUCUUCCAGUGUGUUCUCCUAUUUUGUCGGGAAGUCGGAGAUUUCCUGGUCGCAUUCCGAAGAAACGGCGGGCCCGAAGCAUUGGUCGGUCUGUUGUUGCUUAACGUGACAUCGGUGUUCAACGCCGAUGCUUCACUGCCGUACACCCAUGACUUAUUUGAAAGCCUUAUUGUGAAGAAAAGAGUAAAGGUGGACGGGGAAGGGACUUAUUGCUUGCUUAACACAAUCAUUCCGAGGUGCUUGUACCUCCAGACAUUCACUCAGCCCAUCUGGAUAAAAACUGACAACAAGAACGCCACUGACAUCGGUUGGCAGCCAUAUCUUGUAGUGUCUCCAACCAGGCACAGUGAGGAUCACGCGGUCCCCAUCCUGGAAGGCGAGGUUGGCCACCUUUCUGUUUACGCCACUCUGAAUUGGGCAUGGAAAACAGCACUCUCUUCGGCAAACGAUGGUUCGGCAUACGCAACACAUGUCCCAACCAACGCAACUUCUGGUUUUCAGUGA